ACCAUUCCAGACGUACGGGGAUUUGUUAAAGCCUGAAGACUUUGGAAUUUACAUAGACUACUUUGUUUUCUUGGUCAUAGUUGAGAUGUGCAGUGCACUCGAUGCCUUUAGUUUGCUACCCCGUCGUGCUUAACUUUGUUGUGUGGAUAGUCUGAGUAACCUACAGUGUUGCUAUCUCAUCCAUAAGUGCAAUAGCCUGAACCUCCUUGCUCCUUCUCCUGAUGAAGGACAAACAUGUCAAUCACUUCUAUCCUCUCCGCUGCCGCCAUUGACGGUGCCGUCAAGGAUUGUCAAGCCCCGGAUUCCUUCUGUUAUAAGAAGUUCUUCCAAAUGUGUGGUCUGACCAAGAAAAGUGCACAGGAAGUCAAGGAUGUGUUCAGUGUUCUGGACAACGAUGGCAGCGGUUACAUUGAGGAGGAAGAGCUGAAGUUCUUCCUACAGCGAUUCUCUUCUGGGGCUCGUGUACUGACCGAUAAGGAGACCAAGGCCUUCCUGUCUGCUGCUGAUGGUGACAAUGAUGGAAAGAUUGGAGCGCAAGAGUUCCAGACCCUGGUUUCGUCCUGAAGCCUCAAAGACCACAGAUCCUUUCCUCUUGGCCCAUCACAUCAAGUCCUGAACCAGGAUGAAACUGUUUUUUUCACUGUCGCCAACCACCCCCCCUGCCCCCGCUUUGUAGCCUCUGUUCUGUUUUUGGUAGUCCCUUGUCGUCAAACAUACGCACAUAAAAGCACAUUUUUAUUUGCCCUUUGAUAACAUUUUCAGGGUGUGCCCCAUACCCCCCCUCUCCAAAAUGUAAUGCUUGCUCCCCACAACAGAGUAAAAACAAAAUAAUAAAACCCAGCUUUGAACCUGC